UGUACGUGUUCGGCGCGCGCCAUACAGCGUGGCGGUGUAGUGUGGGCGACGGUCCGAUGUGAAUUCGUGGUGGAUCUCUUGCAAGUUGGUAGAGUUGGAUUGGUGCGGUGUGAGUACGUGCGCGAUCUGUCCACCGUGGCCAGUUACCAUCCCGAGAGCAGGAGCUAGUACUUCGCGGAGGUGAGCCUGGAGCACGGGUGCUGGACAACGGGGACCUCGAGAUCCUCGAAGACAUGAUCGUGGUGGUGGAUGGCCAGACCCGAGCAACCUGGCCAAUCCGCUCUAAGUCAGGCGCUAACAUCCUGCCGGAGAGCAUCGACCAGUGCAAGGGCUACAGCGCAUUCGCGGUUCUGCUGGACUCGCUGAACGUGGACCAGCCGGACGGAGGUGACGGAUCUGAUCUCGGCUCUGGAGUUAGUGCAAGAGGUGUGUGUAGUACCUGGUUCUUGUCCCUCCCUGUUACGUGCUGUCAGAUGCUGGUAUGCUUGUGGGUUCGGACGAGAGCCAUCUGGAGGAUUACCUGAACAGCAACGCAGACAAGAUGUCGCGCUCCCUCGCCGUGUCCAAGGUCGUCGUGAAUGCUAAGGAGAUCACGUUCGACAGUUUGGCGAAGGACGGCGCCAUAUCCAUCUACGCCACACGCCAAGCACGCCCGCGUACUCUCUGGAGACGCCCAGUCCAGCAACUGUGUACGUGGGCACGAUCAAGCAGGUAGCACCAUCGCACAGGCGCUUAACGUCACGGGCCCGUUUACUUCGUACUAACACCACACCCAGGCAAUUGCCCGGGCUAACGGCAUCCUGCGCGCCUGUAUCAACUACGUGGACGUCAAGAAAAAUAUUUUAGUUGCACUGUAAUUAAGUAGCCUAUUAGCGGCGGGGUGUCAAACACGGAAGUGUACAGCCUUCAAGCUGCAGUUUCAUACUAGUAAUGCUACGAUGGCGCUGAAGCCCAUGCUCGCAACAGCGGUCCGUCACAAAGUGCAAUUAUCCAGC